AUGCAAACGCAAUUGAUUGUGGGAGUCAUCUCCGUCCCAGACAAGAGCGCCGAAGCUUGCAAGCCCGCGGACGUGAUUCACCCCGAGCUGCUCGAAGCCGCGAGCAGGGGCCACUACAACGAGCUGGUACGUAUUCUUUUGCCCGGAAAAAAUGGAGCCGCGGCGGAACAUACCAUCGACCUCCCCCGUGAGGGUACUAGUGGCGCACUGGGCUUCUUGAAUUGUUUAGAUUGCUUACCACAUGCAUUAUGUGGUGGCAAACUGGGCUCGUCGUCGCAGUCCACUGGGGCGGUGGAGGGUCAGCCCCUGCCCUCAUCGCCCGCGACCCUCCUAACCGGAGUGACGUUUCAGGGAGACUCUGCUCUCCAUGUGGUCGUUGCCUCCGGGGAUGGCCGCACCAGCAAAAAGAAGGAUGGGGAUGGCCGCACCUGCAAAAAGAAGGCUGGGGAUGGCCGCACCAGCGAAAACAAGGAUGACCCGGAUUUCUUAAAGUGCGCGGAAUUGAUCUACCAGGAAGCCAAGCACCUCCUGGACAUCGCCAACAACACUGGCGACACGCCGCUGCAUUGUGCUGCCAGGGCAGGCCACGGAGAUAUCCUCUUUAGUCUCAUUGAUCUGGCAAAAAAGGAGCAAGGCGGAGAAGCGAUGGCCACGGAAGUCCUGACGAAAUCGAAUAAACGCGGGGAGACGGUCUUGCAUGAGGCCGUCCGUUUUGGGGACGAGAAGCUUGUUUCCGACCUGGUGUCAGCCUGCCCGUCGCUGGUCCGGUUCCCCUUAGAGGGCACCUCGGCGUUGUACCUAGCGAUCUCGCUAGGACACAAGAGUAUAGUAGAGCAGCUGCUCAAGUCCGAGGACCCGGAGCUGUCUUAUUCAGGACCUGCGGGGCAAAAUGCCUUGCACGCUGCUUCUCUGCAUGGCGGAGGUAUGUAUGUGCCUCGAAUAAUUUGGCAAUCUUCUUGUACAUAUAUUCUCCCUGUUCCGUAA